GUUUGUCGCCCCGCGUAGCAGCCGCACAUCUUUCAAAUAACCGUGCGAUUGUCGUGUUAAUAAAUAAACAAAUACAAUUUCGUAAUUUGCCUAGUUUAAAGCUGAAUAUAGAGGGAUCCAGGAGAAUUAGGAUGAAAUAAUCUCCUGUAAUGUCAGUGGUGCCAACAUUAAAAGAAAGACAACAAUUAUUUUAUAUCUAAAUUCAAAGACAAUAAACGUAGCAGUUACUAAGACAUUUUUAUAAGAAUUAAAGAUGAGUUUCGAUUCGAAUGGGUCAUCAAAAAAGCUAAAUUUAGAUAGAGCGUCGAAUUUCAUGAGACAAUUCCGGGACCCGGAUUCCAGAGAGCUGAAGAAAUUGUCAGCUAAUCAGUUUAUGGAAGUAUGGAGCCACUAUGAUAAGGACGGUAACGGUUACAUAGAAGGCACGGAGCUGGACGGUUUCCUGAAGGAAUUCGUAUCUAGCGCGAAUUUUACGGAUAUCAGCCCUGAUGCUGUAUCUGAUUCAAUGCUAGUGGAGCUGAAGGCAUGUUUCAUGGAAGCGUAUGAUGACAAUCAAGAUGGGAAAAUUGAUAUUCGUGAGUUGGCGCAACUUCUGCCCAUGGAAGAAAACUUCCUCCUACUCUUCAGGUUUGAUAAUCCUCUAGAAUCCAGCGUGGAAUUUAUGAAGAUAUGGCGGGAAUACGACACAGAUGGCAGCGGGUACAUUGAAGCUGAUGAGUUGAAGAACUUCUUACGAGAUCUUUUGAAAGAGGCAAAGAAGAUAAACGACGUUUCGGAAGAUAAAUUGAUUGAGUACACAGACACCAUGUUACAAGUUUUCGACUCGAAUAAAGACGGUCGGCUGCAGCUCUCAGAAAUGGCAAAGUUACUUCCUGUGAAGGAAAAUUUCCUGUGCAGACAAGUGUUUAAGGAAGGCAUUGAGGGCGCUACAAAACUUACCAAGGACGAUAUAGAAAGAGUGUUUUCUCUAUACGAUAGGGAUAACAACGGCUCUAUUGAAAACGAAGAAUUAAGGGGAUUUCUGAAAGAUCUGUUGGAGUUAGUUAAAAAGGAUUAUGACGCUCAGGACCUCCUUGAAUUCGAAGAGACAAUCCUCCAGGGCGUGGAGUACAGCAGUGAGGGCAAAAUAAGUAGGAAGCAACUCACUAUGAUACUGCUUGCGCUCGCAAAACAUAACCAGGAAGAAGAUGAGAAACCAACUACACCAUGAACGCAUUUAUUUUUAUCAGCCAGUCCGUCCUAGUAUCCGAAUAUAGCUUUGGCAUCUUUUAUAACUGGUAUGAAAUGCAGACUCUCACUCUUUCUCUCUCUCUCUCUCUGUCCUUCUGUCUCUUUCUCUCUUACUCUCUCUCAAUAGUGACUGGUUUCUAUAUAAUACUUUGAAAUUAGAAAAUUCUUAGUGAUUUGUAGGAAUUGUAAUAAAGAAAUAUUUUGUUCAAUGAUUACUUAUGUUUUUUUACUAAUGAAAUGAUAAAUUAUAUAGAAUGAAUAUCUGCGUUAAGCACUUAAUAUGCUCUCUUUUUUCCUUGGAGUAUUAUGGUGUCAGUCAAUUAUGAAUUUUAUUAUUCUAUCAUAUUCCUAGUUGACAAUUGACAUUAUACCCGCGCAUUUUAAAGUCAUCUGAAAAUCUUAUGUCAAAUCAAUUUAAAUUAUUUGUUAGUUGCUUCCUAACGUUGAUUAUAUUUAGUAGAUCCUCUUUUCAGAAAUCGUGUGUUAUAUUAAUUAAAAUCGUUAAUUUCGCAGUUGUAAAAAGUGCCAAAGUAAAUUAUUUCAAAAAACGUGUGUGCUUUUUUUACUUAGAAUUAAUAGAAACGUUGUGUUAUAUUUACAAGAAUAACAGCUUAAUGUUGUAUGUUAUUAUUGUAUCGAGUAAGCAUUGUUAUAAAUAGGUUUUGUAUAAACGAAAUAAUCAAAUUUCGAUGUUAAAAUAAUCAUCUUUUAAUUAUAUUUUCUCCCUGUGAGUGUUGUUUGGUGUUUAUGAAGCUAUAAAUGAAUAGUUUGUGCAUGAUAACGGAGCACCGUUAUAUAUUUACUCAAAAAGUAAUUUUUCGAGAAUCUCCCAAUUGGCGUAUUAGUACCUAGUGAUUACUAAAGUAUCGACACAGAUAACUAAGUAUUUAGUUACAUCGUGUAUUAGUUUAUUUUUUUAUUCAAUAAUAAACUUUUUUCUACCUCUAAGUAGAAAUAGUAUGUUAUCUGUGGUAGACAUUUUUAAUAAUUAUUUUAAAAACAUUAAUUCUGUUUCGAUCAAUUCGCCAAGCAUACAAUGACAUAAAGCACUCUUCUAGUCAUAGUCUAAUAACUCUGUUAUUUUGCGUUAUCGUUAAACAUACCUAGUGACAAAUAAAAAAAAUGCACAGGGGAGAAUUUAUUACUAUUCAUAAUAAAAAAAUUAAUGUCUCUAUGUCUGUAUUAGUAGAAUUGAAAGGGUUUUAUAUGUAAUUAAAUAUUAUUAAGUACGUUGUGAUUUGGAUAAAAAAUUGUGAUUAAAAGGUAUCAACAUUUAAAGCAGUAUGUAAGUCAUAUUUUUGUUACAAUUACGUUAAAUUUAACUUUACACAUUCAAUUAGAUAGGCGUAUAAGAAAAGAUUAAUAUUGAAAAAGCAGUACGAUGUAAGACUGAAAUAAAACUACCUACCUUACCAGACAAUAUAAAAACAAUAAACAAUUAACAUGAGAAGUGAAAAAGAAAUCUUUUACAUGAGAAGAUUCUACUUACUGAGUAAAAGUUAUAUAAUAUAAGUAAUAUCAAUUCCUGCGCUGGUUUAAAGAACCAUAGAUCACAGGUGGCAGUCAAUUUCAGUCUUACAAAAACAAUGUGCUUAAUACCUACGUAUAAGUCGAAAGAUACACUUAUUUUCAUAACACUUCAUUAUUUUUAAAAUACACAUACCAUAGAUAAAUAAGCCAAAAUGAUUGCCAAAUAUUAUAAAUGAAAUGCAUAUUAAAAUAUAUUUUAUACAGUUUAUGUAGCUUUAGAAUAAAAAAACAAAAUUUCAAAUUUAUCUAAAGCAAAUAAUUAAAGAAUGUUUGAAUUUUAUCCCACUGCAAAAUAUCAUGAAUUGUACAAAUAAAUCCUAGGUAGUUAAUAACGUAGAGAUCGGUUUAAAUAAAUGUUGACACACACUAAAAUGUUGUUUAUGGAGCUUUGUAAUUUAUUAUUAAUUAAAUUAAAUGAACGUAUAUUAAUGAUGCGCAUUUACUUUAUAUAAUUAUUCAAAUAUCGAUUAAUGCUUGCAAAUGUAUCCGAAGCUGUUCCGAAUUUAUUUGAAUUCUGACCAUUACAUAUAAGUACUUAUAUUAGUACAUAUUUACAGUCAAUUUAAAUUCAAAAGUGAAAUACCUUAUCAUAAGACGAUUUAAUAUUAUUUCAAAAUUUAACGAGGCAAUUUGGCGAAUGAAUAAGAAUAUCAAAGAUACAGUUACUAUACUAAUGAGAUUCACAUAGUUUUAGGACUUAUUUACUGAGAUGGUCACCGUACACUUUAAUUUUCGAGUAUAUAUAAUAAAAACGUGUGCGUUCUGAGACUCCCGAGAAGCGAUAAGUGUAAAAAAUUUAAAUUGACUUGCUAGAGUGAGAGCCUAUCGUUGCCGUAUGCGUAAGUAAAAUGGAAGCCAGACAGACGUGCGCCGUAACGCGUUACGUCACGAGUCGGUUUAAUCUCCCAUAAAAAGUUAUCACUUCAAAAAUUUUGAAAUAUAGAAAUAGUAUAUAUUACUGUAUUAACAUUUAUUCAGUCGCUAAAGAUGCCUUGCUAUAAUACUCAAUUUGUAUUAAAACCAAAUGAUUAGUACUUGAAGUAGAUUUAUGAAUGUGUACUUAAAGGUGUGCACGGUAAUGUACUACUAAAUAAAUUAUAAAUAGUUAUAAUGAUUGUUUUCUUCGGAAUAUUAUGUAUUAUACAAUUAUUUACUUGCUUAUAUGUUCGUUGAAUUAUUAAGAUGUUUAAUAUGUGUUCUAUGUUAUUAUUUAAGAUAUAUGAAUUGUUGUAGCAAAUAAAUUCAAAACAAUUCCAAUAAAAUCCCUUUAUUGACCUUUCUGUAAAGGUAUGUUGUGUGUGAUAGUCGAAAUGUCGUAAGGUAAAUUAACAGAAAUUAUAAAAUGUGUUAGCAUAAUUACUGUGAUGUUUAUAUUCUGCGCAAAACCUAUAAAAUCAUGUACUUAUAUGGCAACAUCUGCAACGAUCUAAUGUUUGUGGUUCACAGAGUAAUUUUUGUUUCAAUAAACUGAUACAAGCAGUUAAUCGUCUAGACAAAUCAUAAUACCCUUCUGUAGAACUGUAAGAUUUGAAUUUUUAAGUACGUACACUGUUUUGCAUCAUGCAUUUAGUGUUUAUAUCACUAUAACAAGACUAAAGACUAGAAAUAAUAAUUGUUAUUAUGCUUCUGUAUUUUUUUUUUCAUUCGUUAAC